AUAAGCCCAGGCUCAACUUAAUCAAAGUUUAGCAUGAUCUCAAGGCUCCCCUCUGAUUCUGUCAGCCUGUGAAAUUUUUUUUAUCUGAUUUUUUCAGUACUUUGCUCUGUUCCACGAUUAGGUUGGGCAGGAUGAAGGUUGGGGAAAAUGCCAUGGGGGUUUUCUAAGCCAAAGCAAGAGAUCUAAUCCCUCUUGGCCAGGCACUCGGGAUGGGUCAGAGGGGCUCAGGGCUCUCUGUGGUGGCACUGGGGGUUUGUCUGCUUUGCCAAGGGACCCUGUGGGAGCUCCUGUGUGUCUCUUGGCAUUCAGUGUGGUGAUACCCAGAACUCACUGAGCAGGGGGUGGGGAUGGAGUCUGGGGCUUGUCAACCUCGUCAUGUGGCCCUGGUGGCUGUGACAUCGCAGAGAACAGGUCACAGUGGGAGCCAACACCAGGCAGCUCCUGUCCUGCUGCCCCUGUCUCGUGCUCCCUCUCCCUGCCGGCCCCUUUCCCCCACCUGUCACAGGCCAUGGCCGUGGCAGUCGCGUUCCUGGUGGCCGUGCUGGCCGCGCUGCCCAGGCUGACACACGACCCGCAGGCCGACGUGGCCACGGCACAACAGAUGCAGCAGCGCAAGGAGCUCCUUCAUGAGGAGAUGACACGGCUGUGGCAGGAGGUUGAGCAGAUGAGAUCCCUGGAAGGAGCUCUUGUCCAUUAUGUGUUUAAGAACUGGCUGUUUUGGGCCACUGCAGCGGCCAUGCUGGCGGAGGUCUCAUGGCUGGCCUGGCAAAGGAAGCUUGCCUCCAGCAGCAAUGAUGAUAACAAGGGGAAACAAAACCUCAACAGAGCAUGCAGUGGUGCCAGGCUUUUGGCUGAGUCCACCCCAUUACCAGUGCAGGAGCUGCCUGACCCACACAGGAAUCUGAAGCAGCUCGUGCAUGACCUCCUGUGUAUCAGCCGAGAGUUUUCCAGGAGGACUUCCAUGCCACAGAUUUACCCAGGCAGAGGAAUGGAUGGCAGCCAUGAAUCCUGGAGUAUCUUCGAGAAUAGAAUCUUCUACCAGCUGCUCGUGUUCCUGCGGCCACCCCCUGGUCACGCUUUCAUCCUGGAGCAGGACACUUUGAGGCAGCACCCAGAGAGGUGCUCUGACAUCCGUGUGGUACUGGAGUGCACGUGCUCCAUGGAGCCUGCGAUGGGAUAUUCCUCAUGUUUUGUCCAUCGCUGGGGCAAGGAGCUGCUGUGGGAUCACAAAUCACUGGUCCUAGAAACCCUCUGCACGGGCUUCUACCUAAAUGUGGAGCAAAUCUCCAUCUGGGUGCAAAACUUGCUGUGUGCAGCCUGGCUGCGUUUGCCUCAGUGGCCGCGCUGGCGUCUGACGCUGCUGCCCUGCUCCCGCUCCUGCAAGUUCCUGGUGAGCAGCCCCUCCGAGGAGCAGAGCUGCACUGAGGUGUUCUUUGCAGUGCAUGAAGGCAGAACAGGCAGCUUCGUAGUCCUGGAGUAGGCAGCAGCUUCCUCAUGGAUCAUCUCAAGUGCCAUCACGCAGCUCGUACAGGACAAGCCUCUUUGGCAGCAUGGGCUUGGGAAAGACAGGUCCUGCUGGCCACCCUGAUGGUCUGUGACAGGGUGCCUCACACGAGGAAGUGAGGGAAAGGCUGUGGAUCUGGUCUGCCCAAAUUCUAAUAAAGGAGCAAAAUUUAA